AUGCAAAAAACAAAAAAGGAGAUACAGAACAAGUUGAGCUCCGAGAAGAACGUGCACCGGGGGGAAGUGCCACGGGAAGAGUUACACGUGAGAGAAGGACAACGCGAAAUGUACACACCUCAGGUAGAGUUCUCCACAAAUCAGUGGGGAAGUGAUUCAAAGGAUAAUUCAACAAACCGAACAAGAACCAAUCGGAUAGACGCAUUGGAUAUGAUCAAGACGAAUGAGGUAAGUCUGUUAGAGUCGAUAAACGAUACAAUGGGUAGCAGAUUGAAGAAUAUAAACGCACUGCAUGUCCAGAGUGGAGUGGGUGCAAGUGAAGGAGACAAACCUAACUUGAUUGAGUCGAUGCAAGACAGAAUUGUGAAUCCAGAACCUGCCACCGAUAUCCAUAAUAACAUUUUGAAUCUAUACAACAGUGACUACAGAGUAUGUCAACUACCCAUCGGUGUAACUUCACUACAAAUGCUGCAGGAAGGGAUCCACGAAGAAGACACACUAAUGCUUAACAAAGGGAAUGAACCCAUUAAUGAGUUUGAUUCAUGGAGGCAAUGUAGUUUUUUCAAUCGAGGGAUGCCACCACAUGGACAUAUCGAGACUGCCUUUUGUUUAGGAAAAGGCGAUACAAAUUUCUUUGCUCCUGUGUCAGGUGGGGGGGACAUAUCUGGUGGAGAUACCCCUCCAGGGAAGUACUUCCUACGUGAGCCCCUUUCCAUUGGUCUUCCAAACAAAGGUGAAGAAACCACGCUUAACCAUAUGCAGAAAAGAGAGUGCUCCUUUGAUACAGUUGGUAUGUCCCCUGCUGAUGCUUACGACAGAAGUGGCUACCACUACAUCGGUGGAGAUGAUCCCCAUGUGAAAAGUUUCUUCCAGAAGGAAGGAACCCAUUAUUACAGCGUGAAUUUAGAUGCGGAGGAGGAAGAAGAAAUGGAGGCAUUCGAAAAAGGGAGACUUAUUCCCCCCUUAACGAACAAUUGUGGUAGAUGUAGCAGUAGUGGAUCUAUCCGAGGUGAGUGCUCUGAGGAGGCAGGAGAAAAUUUGUUUUCCUUGAACCACAUGAGGAGUUACGAAGAUAAUCCCCUGAUUUAUGGAGAGAGGGAGGUAGCCCAGAUGGAGAUGAAUUUAAGUCGUGUACCCGCUCGUUCAGUCGCAGAAGACGCAGUGCAGUACCAACAGCAACAUGAACCGCAUGAACCGAAUGAACCGAAUGAACCGCAUGAACCGAAUGAACCGCAUGAAUCGGGUAAAGCGCAUGAACCGAAUGAACCGCACGGACGGGAGGAGGAAGACACCGUUUGGCUGAACGGUGUGAAUUAUCUCCGCGGCAGGGAUAAGAACCCAUGGUAUGAAUACCCCUCAGUAGGAGAUAUACACAAGGGAGAAUCAACCAUUCUAAAUUAUGGGGAUCCACAAAUGGCAACCACAGAAGGAGCGCCCCCAAAAAACACAUUCGAUUUUCCACCCGUGGAGGGAAUCCAUAUGAACGAUAGCAAUGGGUUGAAAAGGAAACAAGAAAACGUGAAGAUGCGUUUAAGGGGAAACCUAAAUGAAGAGAGUCACUGUGAAGAAGUGAUACAUCUUAGCACAAGUGGCUUUCAAAACGAACAGCUAAAUUAUCCCUGCAUUGGAAAUCAAUUAGGUAGCCACCUCAAUCAGGGAGAGGUUUCCACAGGAGAGCAAUCUUUUUGUAAUUUUAAAACGGAUAGAGGAAGAAACGAAUACCCCCGAGGAGAGAACAAAUUUCUUGUUCAGAAAUCUGAGGAGAAGCUCGGUCUGCAGAUAUGUGAUCUGUUGGGGUGUACCCCACGUGUUUCUGCUCUUUACGGGGGAGAUGAGGAAAUCGGAGGAGACUCACCAAAAGGGGAAGAUACCAGACGGGAGAACUCACAAAGGAUGAUGGACCAUUUUCCAAUCACCAGAGGAACAAAGAAAGAAGAUAGACUACCCCGUUCCGAUACGUACCAGUUGAAUGAAUUCAUAAUAGUGGACUCACCCUAUUUGCUUGGAAAUAAAAUAUUAAGCCCACAAAGACAUACAGAGAAGGAGUCCCAGAAGUUAAUCCGUUGUGAAAACAUGCACUGGGGAGAGAGCACUUUGGGAAGGGGUACACACAAUAUACAGACACAUAGAAAAAAUGAAAAUAAUUUCAUAAAGAUAGAAAAUAUGUUCGAGCAGGAUACUUCCGAUGUUUUUAGAAGUGGCCAAUGGGAAGACACACACAACAAGGGGGAAGCAAACCAGUUAACAUCCAAAAGAAGAGAGCCAAAUAUGAUGACGCCUCCCUUAACAAGAACCCCUGCGUUGACGACAAACAUAUUUAGAGAUGAGGGUAUGUUUUACGAACCCAAGGAGGAAGAAAGUGUUGGGAAGAGAACCACGUUCCCUUCGAACGUUACUCCAAUGAUGCCAUGUCGAAAUGAGCGCCUUCCCAGGCUGGAUAGUACCAAAAUAAAUUUGUACCCAUCCAUAUCUCCAAACAUUCCGAUGAAUCAGAAAGUUAGUAAUACUUGCAUCGGUAAGGACAUAUCCGCAUGUAACAGAAUGGAAAAGGUUUCCUGUAAACAAAAUUAUCUUUCCACUGAGGAGGAAGAAAGUGUGAUAUUUAACGACCCCUUUCUAUAUACUAGUAAGGGGGGAAAUCCAUGGGCAUUCGAGCCGAAGAUGGAUAUUUUUCCAGACAACAGAAAUGAAGUGAAGAAGAAAGAGUUGACCUAUACGGAUAGGUUAUUUGCUAGCCCUUAUCGCCAUGAAGAAAAGGGGAUCCUAGAAAAUGUAACAUCCAGAAAUGAUCGCACAGAAUAUGAUAGGCAAGGCGAGAACCAUAGUAAGGAAACCCAUCGUGACGGUACUGUAUCUACUCUCAGCGGGGAUAAACCAUGGGGUAAUAAUUCCUUGGCUAUUUCGAAAGCAGAGAAGAGUUUCUCAGCAAAUGGACAGACACACACGCACUGUGGUGACAUUUACAUGGAGAAGGAGAUACCAAGAGUAACCUAUGGUAGGAGAACUGCAAACAUUGUUGAAUCAAGAAGCACACUCAAAGAUAGCAAUAUGAAUUUAUUGAAAUGUUUUAGGAUGAACUUCGAGAGGGGGAGGUUCUCUCCCGAUGAAAGUACUCGUCUUGGAGUGGGUACCUGCACUCGAAUGCACUCAAUUGGUAGGGGUUCCGAUAGGAGAACUCCUCUCCACGGUGACUUUGUCCUGAGAGCAACCGAUGCGAGAAUUAGGGAGAAGAGCAACAUGUUUGAAUCCGUUGAUGCGUUCUUCUACAAUUUUAAAAAAAGUGCAGGCUCCUCCGGGGGGGAAUCUAAACAGGUGGAGGAUCACACUGGCGGAGUGAAUACUCACGUUGGUGGUAGCAUGACGAGGAUCACCACUGACUGCACGCAGAGUUGGAAACCUAUGAAGGAGGAGAACAAUCAACAUGUGUGUGUGCAUGAAAGAGAAGGGAUGAAAGACGCUGAGAAUACCUUAUUGCAUUUCGUCGAAGGAGAGGAGGAAAAAUUGCAAGAGGAGAAGAUCCUUCCCUUGUAUGAAAAAAAAGACACAAAGGAUCAAGGGAAAAAAGAAAAUGAACAUAUCGAACGGGAGGAGAAAAUCAUUCUAACAAUUCAAUGGAACAUAAAGAAGAUUUCCUUACUCUGUUCAAGCGAUAACUACUUCGUUGUAUCUCCUGAAUACAAAACAGAUACCUUGAUUAAUGAAUUCUUUAUCCUCUUAAACAUAGACAACGAAAUGCAAAUUCUGGUGGAGAAUUCCUUUGAUCUUCUUUUCUCCUACACAGGAUUCUGUGAUAUCCUUUUUUCUGUUACUUGUGGAGAGUACCAGAAGAAGUUUUGUUUCUAUGAUCUAUCCACGAUACCUUGGUUUGGAUUUAAUAAAUGGGGAGUUUUAAAAAAUUGCAUGAACAAUGAUAGCAUAUCCAUCACAGUAGAUAUUCACGACAUUCGAAGGAAGGAUUCUCCCAAGGAGGUGUUUCUGAACAACGUAAUAUCCUCCAUGAGGAGUAAAAAUGGAAGUUUUCACUUCAAGGAAGACACCUCUACUUCGACUUGCACAAUGGUAGAAGAGAAGAAGGCGUCCUCUUCGUCCAUAAUUGCCACGGCAUCUACCACAGGUGUUACAAACUCCUCUCCCCUCGAUGCAAGGCGCAACAGGAGAACCCACAAAUGUGUGUUUCCACCCAUUGAACCCACCACAAGCGACUCUUGUAAGAAAAUUGUUGCCCCCAAUUUUAAGAGGAGACACACAAGCAACAUGCACAUGGCUAGUAUGCGCACGAAUACAAUCCAAUGGCAGAACAAACAAACAGGAGUGAAUAAUUGGAACGGGAAAAUUACAAAUUUGCAACAUGUCAGAACCAACAGAGAGACCAAUCCAACAUCAACACACGGGAAUAAGUUCUAUAAGAUGAUGAAAAAAAAUAUGUACACACAUAAAAUGAUUGACAUGUACUCUCCCUUCCAGCGUAAUAGUGGGCAAAACUUUGUUCAAACACCACAGGGUGUUCAGGAAGGAACCCUCUUCAAAGGCACCGUUGCAAGCAGUGUUCAGAGAGGUUCUAUUGAACCCAUUGCACAGUUGGAAUGUCCACCCCAAAUGAAGAAGAAGAAGGAAGGCCCUUUAGAAAAGGAUCCCUCCAAAGGGGGGGAAACAAUUGUUAAAAUAACUAAAGACGCAUUACCAUGCGAUGACAUGCCCAACGACGAGUUAUCGAAGAAGGAGCUACCCUACGACACGUUACUAAAGAAGGAACUACCCUACGACACGUUACUAAAUAAGGAACUACCCAGUAGAGAGGGACAAUCCCUUGCAGGAGGAAGCACGUUGGAAGAACCAUUAUUCGAACAGUGUGGAGGAGGAUAG